AUGGCACCAGGCGAAAACCUUCCCGAUUUUCUCACAAACACGGAACUCGAUCCCAGCUUCGACAAAGACAUCCUCGACACGCAUCUGAUCUACGACUAUGACGCGCAAGAUAGCAAUGGCAACCCCGAAAAAUGGCGAUACGAACUAUGGUGUUUCUCUUCUGACCGUGUCGUCUAUGCCAUUCAUGGUGGUCCGAUGGCCGGUCGCGUGAACUACCAACGCGCAACAUACCAAUGCAUACGCCCUGGCGAACUAUGGCAGAUAAACUGGCUCGAAGAGACAGGUACUAUCGUCUCUGCGGUUUACGACAUUAAGGAGAAAAAGAUGACGACGAUGAUUGCAUUUUCGGAAGGUCACUGGAAGAGAGCAAAGGAGGCACUGGGCGACAAGAGGAAGAAAGAGGACCUGGAUAGAUGGAGGGGUCUGGCCGGUGUGGGAAACCAGACUUCGAGGUUUAUGCUGAGCGAACAGGCGCAAGUCGUGGAGACGUUCAAGGGAAAGGGUGAACUGGUCCCGAUCAAAGAGAGUGAUCCCCUGUUUUGA